AUGACCCCGAUGAUCAUAUAUCCAGGCACCCUCCUCCAACUGACGACAAACAGAUUAUCCAAACCUCAAUUUGCAACACCAAUUGCUAAGGAAAAUACAAAUAUCACAAACGCUAAUAAUCUGGCCAAGAAAAUGUCAUAUGGAAACAUGUAUGGACCCAGAGCCGGAAAAAUGCAUGAAACCUUGUUCCUUCGCGUAGAAAUGGCAGAAUAUAUUAAUAGUCCUGUUGAGCUUAAAAUGACGCCACCUAAUGCGCGACAUGCAACAAAAUUGGCAGAAUCCGCAGUAGAAUCAGAUUUACUUCCUUGA